AUGCCGUACAAUAGGAGUCUGCGGCCCGAGGAGCGAGGAAACGCGUUGGUGGCACCGCUGUCUGCUGGAGCGCGCGAUUUCUACAGUGACAAGCAGUCUAGUGUCUACACCACAGCGGCAAAUGCCAGCAUCCAAAAGGACCUGACGCGGCACGCGCUGGAGCUUCUUCUGCUGGACUCGACAAAAUUGACACAUUCCAGGACCAAGGACGACAUCUUCUUCCUGUUAGACUUGGGUGCAGGCUCCGGGUUGAGCACAAAGGCAGCUCAGGAUUGGUUCCGUUCAAGAGAAAUGCCGGCGUUCACACUGGCGUUUGACAUCACACAAGUUGACUUUUACUGUGGCAAUGCGGCCCAGAAGCUUCCCAUUCGAGAUGGAGUGCUGGAUGCUGCGAUCGGCAUCUCAAUGCUGCAGUGGUUGCAGCCAAAAGGACUGGAAGUUUGCUUCUCGUCACUGUUGACACAAUUGUCGGGCGAGAAGGACUCGCGCGCGGUUUUCCAGGUUUACCCCUCGGGGUUGGAGUACGUCGACAUCAUGGAGAAGACUGCACUGCAAGUGGGGUUUGAUCGCGCGGAGACGUUUGUAUCGUUCCCGCAUACGACUACAGCGAAGAAAUGGUUCUUGUGUGUGGAAAAACUGAAGCACAAAGAGGCGGACGGAAAAGAGAAAGAGGCCGAAGACAAGCAGGAGAUGUGUCUAUUUGGUCGACGUUUUGAACGACGGUGUGUGUUGCAGUGGCUUGGGAAGAAAAACGACUGUGCGAAGGAGAUUCGAGCUCGAGUUGAGAGGGAGCACGUGAAGACGGCGUGGCACAUCUGGCGGAAGUACCGGCGGUCGGUUGUAGAUGCUGUUGAUACUGCGGCGUCGCCAUCCAAAAAGCAGAAGAUCAUGCACGCCAAAGCACAGCAAUCCCUAGAGCUCUACCCAAGCGACAAAAUCAUCGGGCGGGCUCUACAAGUGCGGUUUGAAGAACGGGCUGGAAAGAUCUCUCAUGCAUUUUUAGUGCAGAAUGCUGCGGAGGUUGCGGAGGUGCUGCACUCGGCCUACACAGAGGCUAGAAAAAUUGAGCUCGCUGGAAAUUAA